AUGCCCACACUGAGGAGCGGCCACAAAGUUGCCAGUUGGUUGAUACCCGUCGAAAAGCGGCGCAUUAGUGUGAAUCCGAUCGCCAGCAGUCUUUACUUCAGGAUCAUAUGCCGCGCUACCGAUCCUUCUCGUGGAAACUCUCUCGAGAUAAAUGGUGCAUGCGAGGCCGUAACACCGAACGGACUUCUUUUUCUAGGUCUGGACAGUCCGAUGGUUGGAAAUUCGAACCCUAAACGGAAGGCUCUUCUCAAGGGACCCCAGUCCCGCAGCUGGACCACUUUUAUAGAGGCCAUCACCGCUGACGGGCGCGCCUUGACUCCAGGCAUGAUAUUUAAAGGCAAAUACCUUCAGACACAGUGGUUUAAGGAGGAGUUUUGGAGAUUUGCGGACUGGCACUACAUUACUUCACCCAAUGGGUGGACGGACGACCAUAUUGAGUGGCCUGAAGAGGUCUAUUUGCCUCAGAUCCGACCUCUCGAUAACUCUGAGGCCAGACUUAUCAUUCUAGACGGCCAUGGGAGUCAUGAAACGCAUGACUGGAUGGCCAUGUGCUUUUGA